AUGGUUUUGGUGGCCAAGAUUAAUGAUGAUGCUGGACAGGAAACAGUUGAUCAAAAGAGUUUUCCAAGUUUUGUCUAUGAUCAGUUGAUGACGACCAAAUCGGCAAACCAAAAGAAAGAGAAUACUAUUGGAAGGAUUUCGAAUGUCUUUACAUUUGGAAAGAAGGUUGCUAAACAAGUAGAAUUCGAGUUCAAGGCACAGGUAACUGGUGAUUGGCAAACCUAUUCGAAAAAGUUCAAUGAAAUUGUUGGUUCCUUUUCAAAGGUGGAAGAUAAGCCAAUUCUCUAUGAAAUUGGAAAGGAAUUCUUCUUUGAUAAGAGAGAUGCUACUGCCAGUUUGAAUGGUUACCUCUAUCAGGUUGAUUUGGCUUUGAGUUAUUGGAUUGACACUUUGGAUGAUCCUAGUCUUUGUGUAAUGAUUGAAUUUGGUGAAGAUGUUGCUGUUCUUCCAAUAAGAUAUGUCAAUGAAAUUGAAGAUUAUAAGAGUGAUGUUAAAUCUGAAGAGGGACAAUCAUAUUCCACCAAAAAGAAAGAGAAACUCGUUUUUGAUCAAGCUAAACUGUAUAAGGAAAUGAUCGCUUUCAAUUCAGAUUGCAUUUGUGAUAUUUUCCUCAACUAUUUCACAACUGAAGCACGAUCUGGCAAGAACAAUACAAUAACAUACCGAUUCACAACAAGCACAACCAUUGAGAAUUUGCAAGUAUGGAAAAGGAAGGGAGAAGCUGCAACUAAAAUGCUCAAAGAUAUGAUUGAACAACAUGACAAGAAGAGAACCACUAACUCUACCAAAAUUAGAUACAAACGUGAAUCAGAAGAUUGGGCAAUCUUUGUAAAUUAUUGUAGAAAUGAUUGGAGCAAGGCAGUGGAGAAAUUAUCCAAGGUUGAGUUUAUUGAAAUGAUCACACCUGAAAAGUUGAGUGAAAUAAUAGAAGCUAAACUGAGAAGACACCUUGGCCACACUAAUAGUGAUGUAGGGCGAUUGAGAAAUCAGCUUUUUGGCAUUAUCAAAUCUCAAUUAUUGGAAAAUAGAGGAAAUAAUACAGAACAAAAUCCUAAAAUGCUUCAUCCUCAAAAGUUGAGACAAUUAAUCGAUGAAGAAAUUAGAAUUAGCAUGCAAACACAGCAACUCUUAAAAGAGAAUGAAGAGUUGAAACGUGAAAUUGAAAGAUUGAAAAAGAAAUAA